AUGAGAUCCUCCGCCUGCUUCAAGGUCCAUCGUCUCCUCCUCCUCCCCCUCUUACUUUUGACACUUUUGCUCCUGUCGACCUCGAACUCGCAGAAUUCCGCCAACAAUGUGAUUACCGUCAUACUCAGCGCACAGCCACAGCCAUCGGCCGAGACAGGUGCGGGUACCGGGGGGAGGGGUGGUGCAAGAGCUAAGAAGAAGGUGGUUGACGUAUUGCGGAAGAUUGCACAGAGCAAGGACACCCCCAAGUUGGCUAUUCAUGUGAUACAGGAAAACAAGGCCACCACGGUAAUGGCCGCACUCUGUCAUGCUCUGGCGGCUGAGAGAGCAACUGCCGUGGGUAGCCUACCUCCGACGGUAGCUCAUUUGGUCAGCUCUCUGGCUAACACCUUCGCCCUGCCCUACAUCACCUGGGAUGGGGAUCUUAACCGUGGCAGAUGGGCUUCCAGCUACUUGCCGCACGAUGCCUCCCCUCACCCGACUGCCAGUCCCCUCAAUCCCGGCUGCCACAUCUUCUCCGUCCGUCCCGGCGUCACGCAGCCCCUGCUUGACUUUCUGGCUUCUUGGAAGUGGAAGCAGUUUGCCUACCUCUACGGCUCAGAGGAAGCCUUUAACCGACUGAAGAUCGUCCUCCGCAAGGCGCAAGCCUACGAGGGGGAGACCCCGCACCAGCAGGUCAGACCGCGUGUCACCAAGGAGCCCAACUCCAAACGACCUCCGUCGCCGCCUAUAAUCCACGGCUUCGUUGAUGCGGACGAUCCUGAGCAGAUGCGCAUGGCUCUGAAGUCCGUCGACAUCCACCUAUCCACGCAGACGGAGCGAAAUGUCAUCAUCGACCUCGGUGGACCACCAGUGGACGCGACAAAAAGUGGUCGUGAGCGGCUUGCCACGGUUUUCACCUGGUUGACGCGAAUGGGUAUGAUGCGCACAGAGUACAAUUACCUCCUGGUUGACUUCGACCUGUUUGAGCUUUCGUUUGACGUGUACCAACGCAGUGGUGUAAACAUUACCGGCUUUCACGUGUUGGAAUACCAGGACCCACUUGUUGCCAAGUUCGCCGCGGAUUGGCGUGACUCCGGCAUGUCCCUUCAUGACAUCGCCUUCAUGAUCGACGCUAUGGAAUUGGCACGUCAGACAAAACGGAUGACCAAUUCAAUUGUAGAAACGUUGCCACCUCGAAAUAGCAGCAACGAUCGACCAAAGUGCUACACUCAGCGGGGCACGCUAGUCAGCAAGGAACUUGUCCAGCGUUGGAAACCUGGCGAUGAGGUCUCCAAGUGGCUUCUUCACCAGGAGAUUUCUGGUCAAUCAGGAAUCCUGCGGUUCGACCCUCUGACUUGCAGUCGAACCGGCUACAGUCUGGUCCUUUCUUCAGCCUUUGGUAGCCUUGAGACCCGCACAAUCGCUAAGUGGAGUUUGCAUUCCGGUUGGGUAUUGCCCAGUGACGCAUCUAGGCCCAGCUUCUUUAAUCGCAAACACACUCACGGCGCGAAGGAGAAGACGCACGAAUCCCUGAACUACAACAACAUUCUGGAGGUCUUCCGCGCACAGAACAAAACCCUCAGAGUAGUGAGCGUGCUUUCUAAGCCCUUCAUGAUGCAUGGUAACAAUGUGCCGGAAACGGUGACCUCGGGGCGUCACAACUUUGCCGGCUACUGCAAAGAGCUGGCAGAUCGAAUUUUCGACCACUUAAAUCUGAACUACGAAAUUCAUCUGGUGAAGGAUGGCCUCUUUGGAGCCAUUGAUCCAACCACCAAUUCCUGGAAUGGAAUGGUCGGCGAGGUACUGCGCGGCGAGGCCGAUAUAAUUAUUGCUCCGCUUACAAUGAGCACAGCUCGAGCAAAAUACAUUGACUUUACGGAACCCUUUAUGAACUUCGGUCUGUCGUUGAUGCUGCGAAAACCGGGCAAGACCAAGCCCGGCAUGUUCAGUUUCCUCUCACCCCUGACAAACUCGGUCUGGCUCUGCACCGCUGCUGCAACUGUCGUCGUAGCCCUUGCUCUCACCCUCAUUGCCUCCAUCUCGCCGAAGGAACGCAUGCGACCCGACGCCCAUCUCGGUUUAUCCCUCGGCAACAGUCUCUGGUUCUCUUUCGCCUCCUUCGUCCACGAGGGCAUUGACAUAUUUCCGAUCUCUGCAAGCACCCGCGUCUUCACCAGCAUCUGGCGUUACUUCUGUCUCGUGAUCAUGGCCUACUACACGGCAAACCUGGCUGCUGCGCUCUCUGUGGAACGACUCAUCUCACCUAUCAACUCCAUCAAGGACUUUGCUGAGUACAAGGAUCUGCCCAUCAAGGUGGGCACCCUGGACUCAGGCUCAACGAAGGACUUCUUUGCCACCUCCACUGACCACAUCUACAAGACCAUCUACCAGGGCAUGCUCAAGGAUCCCUCUGUUUUCGUGCCCACUAUGCAGGCGGGUUUCGACCGCGUGCGCAAUUCGCCCUAUGCCUUUGUGGUGGAGUCCAAGAUGAAUGAGUUUGUCAACCACCGACGACCCUGUAACACAAUGAUGGUUGGCAGCACCUUUGGUAGCAAGGCCUACGCCAUCGGCGUAUCCUCCAACAGGCCGGACAUGCGUAUCUUCAAGGAGCACAUCACGGACGCCAUCUUGCGACUGCGAGAGGAGCAGAUUCUGGCAAAAAUGUACAAGGAGUGGUGGAUUGAGAAGGGCGAGUGCUUCGAUGGCAAAGGUGGGCCCACGAGUGAGCCCUUGGCUCUGGUCAAUCUCUCCGGCGUCUUCUACAUCCUCAUUGCUGGCCUAGUUCUGGCAAUUCUUAUUGGUGCAUCGCUGUUCAUGUGUCGGUUGAAGAGGUACGAGCGUCUUCAUCGUUCUUACCAGCAACUGGCGGUCGGCAACCCAUUGACACGUCAGUCGGAGCGAAACUGA